UGCCUACCAAUGGUGCCCCUGUUUUAUCCGUAUCAUAGAUCAAGUGUCCAGGCUCUAGAACCCUCCCCAACUGGAGCAGUAUAAAUUUCGGUGGUCAGUGUGACUCGGCCCUUUUUAUCCGGCUUUUCUUUGGGGUGUUCAGGCUUUGCCAGGAUUUGUAAAUCGCCAACAUGGGUAAAGAAAAAACCCACAUCAACAUCGUGGUUAUUGGUCAUGUCGACUCCGGCAAAUCCACCACCACCGGUCAUCUGAUCUACAAAUGCGGAGGAAUCGACAAGAGAACCAUUGAGAAAUUUGAGAAGGAAGCAGCUGAGAUGGGCAAAGGCUCCUUCAAAUAUGCCUGGGUGUUGGACAAACUGAAGGCUGAGCGUGAGCGUGGCAUCACAAUUGAUAUCUCUCUUUGGAAGUUUGAGACUGCCAAGUACUACAUCACCAUCAUUGAUGCCCCUGGACACAGAGAUUUUAUCAAGAACAUGAUCACUGGUACCUCUCAGGCUGACUGUGCUGUGCUGAUUGUUGCUGCUGGUGUGGGUGAGUUUGAGGCUGGUAUAUCUAAGAACGGUCAGACCCGUGAGCACGCCCUCCUGGCCUUCACCCUGGGAGUGAAGCAGCUCAUCGUUGGAGUCAACAAGAUGGACUCCACCGAGCCUCCAUACAGCCAGCCUCGCUUUGAGGAGAUCACCAAGGAAGUCAGUGCCUACAUCAAGAAGAUUGGCUACAACCCUGCUGCCGUCGCUUUCGUCCCAAUUUCUGGCUGGCACGGAGACAACAUGCUGGAGCCCAGCACAAACAUGUCAUGGUUCAAGGGAUGGAAGAUUGAGCGCAAAGAAGGUGCUGCCAAUGGAACAACUCUGUUGGAGGCCUUGGACUCCAUCCUGCCCCCCUCCCGCCCCACUGACAAACCUCUCCGUCUUCCCCUGCAGGACGUCUACAAAAUUGGAGGUAUUGGAACUGUACCUGUGGGCCGUGUUGAAACUGGUAUGCUUAAGCCUGGCAUGAUUGUGACCUUUGCCCCUGUCAAUGUGACCACUGAGGUCAAGUCUGUUGAAAUGCACCAUGAAUCUUUGGCUGAGGCCUUGCCUGGUGACAACGUUGGCUUUAACGUGAAGAACGUGUCAGUGAAAGACAUCCGUCGUGGUAACGUUGCUGGAGACAGCAAGAACGACCCACCCCAGGAGGCUGGCAACUUCACUGCACAGGUCAUCAUCCUGAACCACCCUGGUCAGAUCUCUCAGGGCUAUGCUCCUGUGCUGGACUGCCACACUGCUCACAUUGCCUGCAAGUUUGCUGAGCUUAAGGAGAAGAUUGACCGUCGUUCUGGUAAGAAGCUUGAGGACAACCCCAAGAACCUGAAGUCUGGAGAUGCUGCCAUCAUCCUCAUGAUCCCUGGAAAACCUAUGUGUGUGGAAAGCUUCUCCCAGUACCCACCACUGGGUCGUUUUGCCGUGCGUGACAUGAGGCAGACUGUUGCCGUUGGCGUAAUCAAAGCUGUUGACAAGAAAGCUGCUACUGGUGGCAAGGUGACCAAGUCUGCUCAGAAGGCCGCUAAGACCAAAUGAACGCCUCCAUCUGAUAUCCAAGCCAUGUGUAGAGGGUCCCAUCCUGCAAUGUCUCAGUGUCUCCUGAACUUGCUUCUUAAGGACUGGCUUAUGCUGAUAAAAACCCAUCGCAAAAGUUUCCGCAGGAAAGGAGAUUAUCAUCUUUUUUAAAGCACCUUAGGAGAGAAUGAUAACAAAAAAUAAAAAACAUAAGAAAUUG